AUGAAGUGGCUGUUUGUCGCGCUGGCUUGUGUGGCUCUUUCUGAGGGAUUCGUCAGAAUCCCUCUGAAGAAGACCAAGUCUAUCAGGUCCCGUCUGAGGGAGCAUGGGGUGCACCUGCCCUACACUGAUCCAGCCCUCAAGUACGAACCCUACAGAUCUCUGGCCUCAUCCGUCAUUCAGCCCUUGAACAACUAUGCUGAUACGACAUAUUACGGACCCAUCACCGCUGGGACUCCACCACAAUCUUUCCAAGUCCUGUUCGAUACCGGCUCAGCCAAUCUGUGGGUAGACUCAACUUACUGCAACACUCAGGCCUGCGUAUCCCACACUCAGUUUAACCCCAAAGAGUCCAGCACCUACUACAGCAACGGUGAAACCUUCUAUCUUCCAUAUGGAGCUGGAAGCCUUAAUGGUGUCUUUGGCUAUGACAUGGUCAAUGUUGGGGGGAUUGUCAUCAAAGACCAGCAGAUUGGCCUGAGCACCAGUGAACCUGGCGAGAACUGGGUGGUGGCUCCAUUUGAUGGUAUCCUGGGACUGUCUUACCCAUCCAUUGCUGCCGGAGGACAGACCCCUGUGAUGGACAGCAUGAUGCAGGAUAACCUGCUCCAGCAGGACAUUUUUGCCUUCUACUUAACUGCAAAUGAAGCGGAGGGCAGUGAGGUGGCUUUUGGUGGAGUCGAUACCUCCAAGUACCAGGGCCAGAUCUACUGGACUCCAGUCACCGCAGAGACCUACUGGCAGAUCGCCAUCAAUGGGUUCCUGAUCAACAACCAGGCAACAGGCUGGUGCAGCUCGGGCUGCCAGGCCAUCGUGGAUACGGGCACCUCCCAGCUCACCUGCCCCCAGCAGUACCUCGGUUAUCUGAUGCAGAGUAUUGGUGCCCAAGCCAACCAGAAUGGGGGG